ACCCUGACAUCACAUCACCAUAUCCAAGCAUAAUGGAGGUAAUUGCAGUAGAGAGAGUCCAAGCCAUGGCAACCACCGGAGCCAUGCACGAGCUACCGGCUCAGUUCAUCCGACCACUCCACGAGCGGCCGGAGAACACCAAGGCCAUCGAGGGAGUUACGGUUCCAGUAAUCUCCCUCGACGGCCCCCGCGAAGAAGUCGUCAAGGAAAUGUCAGACGCUGCAAUCAAAUGGGGAUUCUUCCUCUUGACCGACCACGGUAUACCGGCGCCGCUCAUCCAACGGCUUAAAGAAGUCGGAGAAGAGUUCUUCGGGCUAUCACAAGAGGAAAAGGAGAAAUAUGCUAACGACCCUGCAAAUGGGAAGUUUGAUGGGUAUGGAACAAAGAUGACGAAGAAUCUUGAUGAGAAACUUGAAUGGGUUGAUUAUUUCUUUCAUAUUAUGUGUCCAAUUUCUAGGGUUAAUUAUGAUUUCUGGCCCAAGAACCCUAGUUCUUACAGGACUGUAACAGAGGAGUAUAAUGAAGAGCUGGUUAGAUUAACUGAUGUGAUACUUGAGCUUUUAUCUGAAGGAUUGGGUUUGGAAAAGAAGGUGUUGAAAACACAUCUUGGUGAUGAAAAGAUUGAACUUGAAAUGAAGAUCAACAUGUAUCCUCCAUGCCCACAACCAGAGCUUGCUUUAGGAGUCGAACCUCAUACCGACAUGUCUGCUUUAACGUUGUUGGUCCCGAAUGAUGUCCCUGGUUUACAAGUUUGGAAUGAACCUAAUUGGGUUGCUGUUGAUUAUCUUCCAAAUGCAAUCUUUGUUCAUAUUGGUGAUCAACUUGAGGUGCUGAGUAAUGGGAAGUACAAGAGUGUCCUUCAUAGGAGUUUGGUGAAUAAGGAACGAAAAAGGAUGUCUUGGGCGGUUUUCGCGGUGCCUCCACAUGAAGCGGUUAUAGGGCCGGUCCCCGAGCUUGUCGACGAUGGGGAACGCAAGGCGAAGUAUUCAACCAAAACGUAUGCGGAGUAUCGAUAUCGGAAAUUCAAUAAGAUUCCUCAGUAAGGAAUGAAUGAAUUUGGAACUAGUUAAUAAGCCUGGCAGGCGGCUAUAAGUUUAUUUUAUUUUGUAAUGUAGUGAUGCAUGGUUCCAUUUUCUUUAAAUGGUACUUAACAUGCUAUUUAUGGGUCGAAUUAACCUUAUUUAUGUAUGGAGGAGUGUAUCUCAUAUUUAUGAUGAAUUAAUUAAUGAUCUAUUAGAAUAUCCUUUUUACAUUCUUGUUUGCUAAGAUAACUCAAAAGAGUAUCUUUUUACCAAGAAAAUAAAAUAAAAUAAAAUAAAAUUAUGAUUUGAUUAGU